CCAAAGUUCAGACGAUUCCAAUCCUUUUCGUCCACCUCAACUUUCGCAAUGACAACAACACGAGUGUACAAGGACGUCAUGCAAGAGUUUGCAAAAGUGAGUGCACACGCUCCAAAGGGGCGAGCACCGAAACUUUACAAUUACCACAGAUACGUCAAGAGCCCUUUCCAAGAUCCUUCUUCGACCCAGUUGCACCACAUUCCUCUCGCUAACAAAUCAGCGGAAUAUGCAGCCUCGGGCUUGCCACCAAAAUCUACUUCGGUGACAGGAAACCAGACACCACAGGAGCAACAGCAAACAUUCCGUACCGAUAUCCCCCUGCCCAACAUUAUUACCCGCCACAUUCACCUCCCGUCACCAACUCUCGAUGCUCAAUCUCCUAUUGGAAAAAUAACGGGUUUUAGGAUUGAAGUGACAGGCCGUAGAGGGACACGGUCCUCCACGCAGAGAUUUGCGUAUGGAAAGUUGGGAACUGGGAAUGUUGGUGGAGCCUAUGUGGAUUUUGCAAGAUCGCUUUAUGUUCACAAGAAGGGUGUUACAGGUAUCAAAGUUUGGAUCGGAUACGGCCGAUGAUGUCGAAGGGCUGUUCCUAUUGAUACAGUUUACAUUGCAAAAGGCACGGUCAGAGAUGUACAGUCACAUUUUGAUAAUAGACGUGCUAUCUUGGCAUAUUCACAUUCACGCCAUUUGGCCCUUGUGAACGCACUUUCCUUCAUCGCAAUAGAUUU